CCACUUCCACUGAAUAAGGACUUUCAACUUGAGCUUCGUAAGAACCACAUCAGUUACCAACUGAAUCAAGUCUUGCUGGUUUGUUGUUUUUAAAGCAAAGUUUCCGCAAUGCGUAUCUUAAACUCUCAGACAUUAUAGGGGAAUCCCCGGGCAGGGAAUCUUGUUAUCGCUUGGCUACAUUUACACUAAAUAUAGACCACGAAUUAUGUGCUGGGUUUAUGGGCCUCAGGGGAGCACUUGUGAGCAGCAGGAAGAUCAAGAACGAAUUACAGAACUGGUAGAAAGUUUGGCUGUAGUUGUUCCUAAGUAUCUGUCUUUUCUAGGAAACCGAGCAGUGGAGGCUCACGUUUUUGCACAAUGACUCAUUCUUCUCAGGAUGCUGGGUCUCAGGGCAUCCACGAAGAAGGAAGACUCUAUGUUGUGGAUUCCAUAAAUGACUUAAACAAACUCAAUCUCUGUCCGACGGAAUCACAACAUCUAUUCUCUUUAGAGGACAAACUCCCCAACGCUGGCACAACCCCAGGAAAUGGAAGGCGGGGGCUGUUUUUUGUGGGGCUGCUCCUGGUGUUGACGGUCAGCCUGGCUUUGGUCUUCUUCGCCAUCUUCCUAAUAAUUCAAACAGGAAAAGAGAUGGAAGACGUGUCAAGAAGACUGACAGCUGAGGGAAAGGACAUAGAUGAUCUUAAGAAAAUCAACAGCAUGAUCGUAAAGCGGCUCAACCGACUGGACUCUGAGCAGAACUGAAAGGAUUUCCCCCCAAGAGUGGUCGUGGAUGCCAGAGCUUCUCAUUUGCUGGAAGUACUCUAGGUUAAGGACUGAGAAAGUGCAGAUAAUAUCCGUUAUACCUCUUGGUUCAAGGAUGGGCAUAACGCCCAGGCAUGGAGUUUAAAGGUGUCAGCUGCAAAGGGGUGAACUUGAUUCAGCCUUAUUGACUGCUAGCCGGCUGCUUCUGUUUUGGUGGGGUCAGAGUGGUGGGUGACUAGCACCGAGAAGAGAAUUUAGCUCUUUACAUGCGACUCCUUUUUGAAAAUACGCUUGGUUUAGAAGACUUUGAAUGUUCUAGGGAGUUCUCUGGCGCCUCACGUACCUGCACAGAUCCCUGCACAAGCCGAAAGACUCCACCGAACUGUCUCUGUGUUGAGGGGAGCCAGGUGCUCACGCUUUUCAGUAGCGCAUAUUCUUCUUUUCGGGUGACACACUUUGACAACAGCUUCCGAGCGCUGUUCGUUCGGUGAUCACUGGAGAGAACACAGGGAGCGUGAUGUACGUGUGGUGAAGCUGAGUGACGAGAGAAUACCUGCUAUAGUUUCCUACUGUCAGCUGAGCUCCUGCUUUGUGAAAAUCAUCUGACUCUAGAGACCCUACCAAACACAUGUGCAAAGAGGGAAUUAUGUCUAUUUAUAUAUAAUCUAUAAGCCCUUCUAGCUUUGUCCUGCAAAACAAAACAAAACAAAACAAAACAACCCCCCCCCCAAAAAAAAAACAACCCUUGGAACCCUGCUCAUGGCUUUGAAAGAAACUGGUUAGGUUUGUGUGGUCUUUGCUAAAUUAGAGUAGAAAACUGUGUGUUUGGAAGCUUUCUUGUUUUAGCAAGAAUAAGGUAUGCUGUAUAUGGCAAGAUUCAGGCAAAAUAGAUGAGUUUAAAAGCAUGAAUUUUUAUUUAAUUAAAAUACACUGCUGUGAGUCAGUUGAAGAAUUAUUGAAAUUUUUGUUAUUUUGAUUUAUUCAAAACAUUUGAAUUUACUUGAAAAUGAAACAGAUGCAAAGCCACAUUUUGAAUAAUAAUAGAUGAUGAAAUAAACACGAAGAAUUUUACUUCCAUUUCUAUUUAUUAUUAGUUUUUGUACUAAAGUAUUUAUAUAGCAUACUUUUCUUAAAAUUGAUCAAUAUGCAGAACAUCAAAAUAUAAAAUUUGUGUUUACUGGAUCAUAUUGAUCUGGUAUGGCAAAUCCUCGUCAUAAGGAUGUAUUGGAAAAAUGUUUAAAAAACCAGGAGAUCUGAUACCAAAGCUCCAAGUAAACACUCAUUUCUUUCUGCUUACCCUAGGACAUUUUUGUCUUUCUACGUACACUGUGCACAUUUUUAUGCUCAGUA